AUGCUCUACGCCGAAGACGACAAGCUCGUAUUUCGUUUCGACGACCAUAUCCUCUGGGUGCAGCCAUGGGGCGAGAACGCCUUUCGCAUCCGAGCAACCAGACAGGCAUCUAUACCCACGGAAGAUUGGGCGCUUUCCUCCAAGCCAUCCAGCCCAAGCCCAAACGUCGAGAUAUCCCCCGAUAAAGAAGCGACCAUCACCAAUGGCAAUAUCAAAGCAACCGUGUCCCGCAGAGGCAAGCUUAUCAUCUAUGACUCGAAUGGAAAGAAACUCCUAGAGGAGUAUGCCCGCCAUCGCCAGGACCCGAUGGACCCUAAAUGCAGUGCACUGACAGUCGAAGCUCGCGAGCUGCGUCCAAUCCUGGGCGGCGACUACCAUCUCACUAUGCGGUUCGAGUCUCUCGAUCAUAAAGAGAAAAUCUUCGGCAUGGGCCAGUAUCAGCAGCCCUACCUGAACCUGAAAGGUACUGACCUUGAGCUGGCGCACCGGAACUCCCAAGCUAGUGUUCCUUUUGCGGUUUCGUCGCUCGGAUACGGACUCUUGUGGAAUAACCCUGGCAUUGGAAGGGCGGUUCUAGGAACAAACGUCAUGAGCUUCGAAGCGUUCUCGACCAAGGCAUUGGACUAUUGGGUUGUGGCGGGUGAUACACCCGCCCAAAUUGAAGAAGCCUAUGCCAAAGUGACAGGUUAUGUCCCGAUGAUGCCGGAAUAUGGUCUUGGUUUCUGGCAGUGCAAGCUGCGUUACUGGAACCAGGAGCAAUUACUCAAUGUUGCACGCGAGUACAGGCGUCGUGAAGUUCCUCUGGAUUUGAUAGUCGUCGACUUCUUCCAUUGGAAGCAUCAAGGCGAAUGGAGCUUUGAUCCAGAGUUCUGGCCAGAUCCAGAGGCUAUGAUCAAGGAGCUUAAAGAGCUUAAAGUCGAACUAAUGGUUUCUAUCUGGCCAACUGUCGAGAACGCAUCCGAGAACUUCCCGGAGAUGCUCGAACAAGGUCUUCUCAUCCGCCAUGACCGCGGUAUGCGCGUAGCAAUGCAAUGCGACGGCGACAUCACGCACUUCGACGCAACCAACCCGGCCGCCCGAAAGUUCAUUUGGAGCAAAGCCAAGCAAAACUACUACGACAAAGGCAUCAAGGUAUUCUGGCUCGACGAAGCUGAGCCCGAGUACUCCAUCUACGACUUUGACAUCUACCGCUACCACGCCGGCAGCAACCUGCAAAUCGGAAACAUCUACCCCAAAGAAUACGCACGGGGGUUCUACGAAGGCAUGGCCGCAGAAGGCCAGACCAACAUCGUCAACCUCCUGCGGUGUGCGUGGGCCGGUAGCCAGAAAUACGGAGCGCUGGUUUGGAGCGGUGACAUCGCGUCGUCGUGGAGCUCAUUCCGUAACCAGCUCGCGGCGGGCCUGAACAUGGGUCUCGCUGGCAUCCCGUGGUGGACGACGGACAUCGGUGGUUUCCAUGGAGGUAACCCCGACGAUCCCCUGUUCCGCGAGCUGUUCACGAGAUGGUUCCAAUGGGGCGCGUUCUGUCCGGUCAUGCGAUUGCAUGGUGACCGCGAGCCGAAGCCGGAGGGGCAACCGACGGCUAGCGGGGCAAAUAAUGAGAUCUGGUCGUAUGGAGAUGAGGUUUAUGAGAUCUGUAAACGGUAUAUCAAUCUCCGUGAGCAGCUUCGUGGGUAUACGCGGGGUCUGAUGCAGGAGGCUCAUGAAAAGGGAACGCCCGUGAUGCGGACUUUGUUUUACGAGUUCCCCUCAGACGAGCGGGCUUGGGAGGUAGAGACUCAGUAUAUGUUUGGAGCAACGUAUUUAGUUGUGCCUGUGCUGGAGCCCGGCCAGCGCACGAUCAAGGUCUAUCUACCAGCCGGGGCCUCGUGGAAAUUGUGGGACAAGAACGAUGUGUACGAGGGCGGGCGGGAUAUUGAGGUUGCAUGUCCGAUUGAGAGCAUGCCUGUCUUUUGCCGCCAGUAA